GCUGUUGAACAAAAGAGGGAGAGAGAUGAGGUAGCAACAUAGCAAGCACAAGAGCGCAAUUUGACAUCCCACGGCGUGGUCUGUAGCCUAAUUUUACCGUUACCGUUUACCAUAGCUUGUAUCAACAAAAAAAAGACAAUUCGGCGAAUUCUGGGUGGAGAUUUUAAUCGUAGUUUACUGAACUUGUGUUCUCUUUUCUCGCACGUUGCAUUUUCUGUAAUAUUUGGAUUUGUGAUCAAGAAAAGCAAAAUGUUAAGGAUAAUGUUUCAUGUCACUCAAUAAGAUCAGUUGAAGAAGAUCAAAAGUCCAAUCAAGACCAAUCAUCAAACAGGCCCAAACUACCAGUGAAAACAACAUCGUCCGCAUUCUGCCAUGGCUUCCAACAUCAAUGCUGCCCCCAGUGGAGCGGAGGGAGAACAGCAGCCGGAGCAGACUAUCACCUCCCAGCCAACCAGCGCUGAGCACCAAGAGACAGCCCCUGACUCCAGCCAAUCGGAACCCAAAGACCACUUGGCAGUAAUCAGCGAGAAGAUGGAGACCAGUAAUGGAAUGUGUGCUGCCGACUCCUCGCCCACAUCUUCCAUCUCGUCCCCCAAGCGACUGCAACACGCAAAACCAACCAACGGCCGGGCGCGGAAAGGAAGCCGCUCUGGGUCCCUGCUGGGUCAUGGGGCAGGGUCUCCCAGGCCUUCCAUCAGCCGUCAGCCCAGCACUGUGACAGAGGAGGACAACGGCAAGCCCCCUAGAGACUACCUGAUCCUGGCCAUCCUGUCCUGCUUCUGCCCCUUGUGGCCCAUCAACAUCGUGGCUCUCGUCUUCUCUGUUAUGUCGAGGAACAGCCUGCAGCUGGGGAACGUUGACGGGGCGCGGCGUCUGGGCCGGAACGCAAUGGUGCUGUCCAUCGUCUCGCUAGUUGGCGGGGUCAUCAUCAUCAUCGCAGCCAUCGUCUUAAACUGGGGAAGCAUAAUAAAAUCCUGAGGGUCACCAUGGAAACCAGGAGCAAGAUCACAAGACAAGCACACAAACAACCAUCCCAACCAGACUUUUCCCCUUUCCUACGAUCAAAACACUAUUCUACAAAAGCACCUGCAACCUACAGUAUAGUCCCUCGUCCCUUUUUUUUUGCUGCACGAGCAUGUAUGGCCUGUAAUAUGUUCUCUGAAACGGAUAGACAAGUCCCUCAUCUCUACCUCCUACACCACGGACCCCAACGCUGCCACCAGUGGUGUAGGGCACAGUAAACGUAUGUAAACGCCGGAUAUGCACGUUUUUCAUUUUGCUCGAGUGUUUACCCACCUUUUGCAGACAAAUGCAUUAUUGACCGCGAACAGUGAUCAGGAGUUACCCACCUAUUUUUGUUGACCACUCGUCACUGGCUGCCGCCAUCACUCAGAAAGUCGAAGGCGUCAUGUAGAACAACACCGAGGUAGGAUAGACAGUGACAACCAGACUGGUUCCUCUGAAUAAGAGAGACACGUCUAACUCUGGUCAACGAUGCCAUGAUCCCCUGCAAUGGUUGCAUGAGUCUCUCAGACUGUAUUUAAUGUCUCUGCAUAGUUUUCCAGGACCAGGCUGCUCCUCCCAGGCUGCUCCUCCCAGGCUGCUCCUCCUAGGCUGCUCCUCCCGAGCUGCUCUUCCCAGGCUGCUCCUCCCAGGCUGCUCC